AUGACAACCAAGCCGCAAAGCAACAUACUGUACUUCUCUUCCGUCGGCUCAAGGAACCUUAACUUCGGGGAGAAUACUCCGGGCUCCCAAUUCACACUCGUGCCCUGUCGACUUUUCCGUUCUUCCUUCCUAGAACUUAGGGUUCCUUCCACGGAUUCUACUCCAAUCGCCAUCAAUUUGUUGCCUCCCCUCUAACACGGAAUCCAAAUUCGUUGACAAUCACACGUACGCCGCCUCGCUCUGUCUUGAAAAGAUCGUCUUUGCGCCUUGGUUCUCUGAAUCAUCUUCCGGCUGGACGUUCCAUUUGGUCCUCGUAUUACUCCGAAAAACAAAAAUACAAUUUGAUUCUUUAUCCAACUACGUCCAUGUCGGUGCCAGCAAUCACCCUCUACUCGGGUCCGCCGGGCGGCAUCUGUACGGUAGAUCUCGACCUCAAUUCCCGCCCUUCUUCCACGACGCAGCGGCCGAUCUCCGGCGGCCUUUCUUGCCUUUUCUCCUCAACCACCUCCCGAUCAUCCGCGGGCAUAUCUACCUCACUUGAGGAGCACAGCUCUCUCCGACAAGAUCGCUGCGACGAUCUCAGCUGCUCCUUUUCCUAUUCAUCCUCUUCCUUCAAAUGCCGGGACCAUAGCCCUGUUUCUGUCUUCCAUGGUCCUGUCUCCUGCAGCUCCGGAAGUAGCCAGUCGAGAAGCCCGCCAUCGAUUAGGGUUCCUCCUGGCGAGUGGAAGGCGGGGAGGGACCGGAUUUUUAGUCGAUUUGUAAGGCACGCCCUAGGUUCGUGCUUGGAUUAUGACUCUCCUAGCUUUCCAAUGCCCGGUGGCUUAAUUGAGGAGGAAGAGCUCGACUUUAGUUUUGAGGACAGUUUUCGCCAUAACUUUCCUCGGAAUUGCGAGCCUUAUGCUUUGAGAUUGCUUUCAGGAGCUCAAUCCAGGCAUAAGAUCUUUCAUGAAGAUAUUGUAAUUAAGGCUUUCUUUGAGGCUGAGAAGGCUCAUAGGGGGCAGGUAAGAGCGACCGGCGAUCCAUACUUGCAGCAUUGCGUGGAAACUGCAGUGUUGUUGGCACAUAUUGGUGCGAAUUCCUUGGUUGUAGCUGCGGGCCUGCUGCAUGAUUCUGUUGAUGAUUCUUUUAUGAGUUAUGGUUACAUUUUUCGAGUUUUUGGUGCUGGAGUAGCUGAUUUAGUUGAAGGGGUCUCUAAACUUAGUCAGUUGAGCAAGCUUGCUCGUGAUAACAACACUGCAAGUAGAACCAUUGAGGCGGACCGGUUGCACACAAUGUUUCUAGCCAUGGCAGAUGCAAGAGCAGUUCUCAUAAAGCUAGCGGACAGACUUCACAACAUGAUGACACUUGACGCUUUACCUUUGGUUAAGCAACAGAGGUUUGCAAUGGAAACUCUGGAAAUUUUCACUCCUUUAGCCAACAGAUUAGGGAUAUUUACUUGGAAGGAACAGCUUGAGAAUUUGUGCUUUAAACAUCUCCAUCCUGAUCUGUACGCUGAGCUUUCUUCUGAACUUGAGACUCAUUUUGAUGAAAAAUUGAUUCAAUCAACGAUAGAGAAAUUAGAGAAGGGUCUUAAAGAUGAAGGUGUGUCCUAUCAUACUCUCUGUGGUAGGCAGAAGAGCUUGUACAGCAUUCACCGUAAGAUGCUAAAAAAGAAGCUCCAUAUGGAUGAGAUCCAUGACAUUCAUGGUUUGCGUUUGAUUGUUGAGAAGGAGGAAGAUUGCUUUGCAGCACUCAAUGUUGUUCAUAGUUUAUGGCCCAAAAUUAGUGGAAGAUUCAAAGACUACAUAACCCAUCCAAAGAUUAAUGGGUAUCAAUCUUUGCACACUGUUGUUAUGAGCAAGGAAUGCAUCCCUCUUGAAGUUCAAAUCAGAACGAAGGAGAUGCAUCUGCAGGCAGAGUUUGGAUUUGCUGCGCACUGGAGAUAUAAAGAAGGAGACUGUGAGCACUCAUCUUUUGUGCUCCAAAUGGUGGAAUGGGCUAGAUGGGUGGUCACUUGGCAGUUGGAAACCAUGAAGGAUGACCAGGCUGCUUCUUUUGGUGGCCGCUCAGCUUCUACGCAAUCAUGUCCUUUUCCUUCUCAUUCUGAUGAUUGCCCUUUUUCCUACUCCCAGCAGACAGAUCGUGAUGGGCCUGUUUAUGUCAUCGUGCUUGAGAAUGAAAAGAUGUCUGUCCAUGAACUCCCAGAGAAGUCAACAGUGAUGGAUGUACUUGAAAAAGCUGGGCGAGGUGGCACAAGAUGGAGCUCAUGUUCGUUCCCUUUCAAGGAGGAGCUGAGGCCUAAACUAAACCACAAGCCAGUGAGCGAUCCCUCUCAGAAGCUGAAGAUGGGGGACGUAGUUGAGCUAACACCUGCCAUCCCUGACAAGUCUUUGGUGGAAUACAGAGAAGAAAUUCAGAGGAUGUAUAAUAGUGGAUUGAGCGUCUCAAGUCGUUUGAGAAGAAGUUGACAGGUUUUAAUGUUUCCUUAACCAUGUUGUGCUUAGUCCUCAGCAGCUCUGCUUAUCAUUGAUUCAUUGUAAAUAUUAAGUAAACUGUUAUAUGCAGCAGCAUUUAUGGAAAUCUAUCUAUUUUGGUUCAAUUAUUUGUUUUUUAGAAAGGGCGAUUUACAAGCAUACCCUCAAUUCUU